AUGCUACUGGAUCACUACGCCGAAGGGGAAGACAUUCUCCCAGCAGAGGCAGCAGAGGUAGAAGAAGAGGCAGCAGAGGUAGAAGAAGAGGCAGCAGAGUCGGUCGCACUCCAGUUAGGCCAAACCCACCAAGAGGCCUUCAUUUGGUUGAUGAAGAAACUGAUGAUGAAGAAGGAGAUCCUAUUUUUGCAGAACCAAGCCCAAGCUCUCUCAUCAAGCUCCACUGAGUCAUCUUCCAAAGACUCACCUCCACUAGCAUCAACUCAGAGGGAGACAUUUCAGUCCAACAUGGCAGCAACUCCCUCUCAACAUCCUGUUUCCGAAGAUGUUGCUGCACAUGUUCCAGAAGAUGCUACUGCACCCUCUGAUUCAGCCAAUGUUUCUCAGAGUGCUGCUGAGGAUGCUGCGCCCUACCAGGAUGAAGAAAUGCCUGAUUUUUCUGGGAUGUCCUCUGCCGAGCAUGUUGACAUUCCCUCUGUUGAUGCUCAGGAUUUCACUACCACUGGAGAAACACCCUCAGCACCAUAUGCAGAUCCUCUGGAAACUCUUCAAGUAGAUGUUCAAGUAGAUGCAGCACCUUCUCAGGCUGAUGAACCAGAGAAAAGUGAUGACAGCUGGAAAGUUCCCCUUGCCACUUUUCGCAAAAAAUUGCCAUCCUCAGAGUCAGACAGUGACUCAUCUGAGGACUCAUCUCAGAUGGAAGAAGAUGCUGCUCCACCUGUUGCAUCACCUGAGCCAGCAUGCAUACCAGAUGAACUUGAAGACUCAGAAGAAGAGGAAUCUUCAGAAGAAGAAGAGCUAGACUUGGAUGGGAAUGAACUGUCAACUCCUUUUGAGCUUACUCACUCCCUAGUUCAGAUCACCUAUCAUCAGUGCAUGGUGGAAAUACUUCAGAGAGAUCUUUCUGAUCAAAAAGGGGGAGAAAAAAAGCUAGUCAUGAAGAUUGAAGCAGGGACUUCUCAUCCUUUGGAUGCCAGAGGCAGGGAGCAAGGAGUCAAUAAAGAGGGAGCAGAGGAAAGCAGUGGAUCCAGCGCUAAUGAUGGAGGAGCAGCAGCUGAUACUGAAGAGACUUUGGAUAUUCUACUUUACUUUGUUUUAUGA